AUGACUGUGGAAUUUUUCCUCCUCAGGAUGGAAAGUAAGAACCUCUUCCUAAGCCUAUUGCUCUGCUACAGUUUGCUUAGAGCUGCUGAUUCUCAUAUGAUAUUUGAAGAGAAGACAGAAUGCAACUUGUCAAGAAGCAACAAAAUUAGCCUCUCUGAUCUCCCACCCAUCUCCAUAGUAGAUUUAACUAAAAGAUCCCAGAAAGUCAGCAGGAAAGAGGCAGAGAACAAGAAAUCUUCCAAGAAAAGGGCUCAACUGAAGGCACCUCCAAAACCAAGGCCCACACCAGCUGCUGACUGUGUGCCAAACUUCAAAGCCUGUAGACCUCAUUUGAAUUCAUGUUGUAACUACUGUGCUUUGUGCAAAUGCCGUAUUUUUCAGACCAUCUGUCAAUGUCUAAUGUUAAAUCCAAAGUGCUAG